CGGUCCUUCUUCAGCAGGGGCUCUGUUCAAUAUGGAGUAGAGAAAAUCGCCUGAUUCACACUGCACUUGGCUGCUCGCCUCUCAUUCGCAUUCUCGGCCAGUUCUGCCACUCGAGCACAAAUUAUGAACUGUCCCCCACAAGUAGCAGCCUGUACGACUCUCCCGUGUAGGUACGACACAUCUCUGAAUAUAUCGUGUGUGUAAAACGGUGUGUACUACUACUACGACAACAACAGCCGGGGCUGAUUAGCAGCGAACUGUUCGAACUGCUCUAACUCUUUAAACAACCACAACAACAACCACAACAACAACCACCACCGUGUGGCCUGGAGGCGUUUCAUCACCGGGGCUGUUGCUCUCACGAGGCUCAGGAGCCGCGGGACCUUGUCGACACUCGGCGGUUUCGGCGAAAAUAACCAGAAGUAACAAGUGGCGACGAGGUCAGUGGGUGAAGGGUGACAUCGCCUCGGUCCGUCGACCCCGAGAAUGCACAAUGCAGCGAGUGUCUCGGCCUCCCUGGGGUCCAUAGGACUGCUGCGUCUCUUCGGGGUGUCCUGGACCUGGAGCCUGGCAGCAGGACUUGGGGUUUAUCUGGGCACCAGAAGCUGGAAAUACUUCUACGUCGCAGCGCGCACCGCCAGGAGAGACCUCAAUGGCCUGUAUGUGCUGCUGAGGGUGAAGCUGGCCCUCUGGCGAUACAUGCGAAGUGGAACCAACAUUCCUUCCAUCUUCGCACAGACCGCGAAACGUCACCCGAACAAACCGGCACUGAUCUAUGAGGCCACGGGGGAAACGUGGACCUUCGCCCAGCUGGAUGAGCUGUCUAACGCCGUGGCCCACUGGGCAAGAGGUCAGGGGUGGGUCUCCGGGGACGUGGUGGCCGUCUUCAUGGAAAGCCGGCCGUUGCAGGUGGCUCUUUGGCUGGGCCUGGCCAAGGUUGGGGUGGAAGCUGCACUCAUCAACUUCAACCUCCGACACGACUCCCUCCUGCACUGUGUUGGGGUAUCGGGGUCACGCGCGAUCGUGUUUGGAGCCGAGCUUGCUGAUGCCAUGUCGGAAGUCAGUUCCUCCAUCACCCAGUCUAUGGUUCGUUUUUGUACCGGAGACCUCAGUGCAGAACAUAUGGCCUCUCUGGCUGCUCUACCUCUGGACCCAAUCUUAGCCUCUGCAUCUAGACAUCCUACUUCCCCUUGUGUUCCCCCCAAAGGCAUGAACGACCGUCUCUUCUAUAUUUACACCUCUGGCACUACAGGACUGCCGAAGGCUGCUAUUGUUGUUCACAGUCGUUACUACAGAAUCGCUGCCUUUGGGUAUUUUGCCUUCCGCAUGCGUUCCGAUGACAUCAUCUAUGACUGCCUGCCGCUCUAUCACUCAGCAGGUAAUAUAAUGGGAGUUGGGCAGUGUCUGAUCCAUGGCCUCACUGUGGUGGUGAAGAAGAAAUUCUCUGCCAGUCGUUUCUGGGAAGACUGCAUUAAGUACAACUGCACUGUGGUUCAGUAUAUCGGGGAAAUCUGCCGCUAUCUCCUGUCUCAGCCAGUGCGGCCAUCAGAAAAGGGCCACAAAGUUAGGCUGGCAGUGGGAAAUGGGCUGCGUCCCAGUGUGUGGGAGGCCUUCACAGAACGUUUUCGGGUGGCGCAGAUUGGCGAGUUCUAUGGAGCGACUGAGUGCAACUGCAGCAUUGCCAACAUGGAUGGCAAGGUGGGAGCUUGUGGAUUCAACAGUCGCAUUCUCCCUAAUGUGUACCCCAUCCGUCUGGUGAGGGUGGACGAGGACAGCAUGGAGCUAAUUCGCGACAGCCGGGGCCUUUGUGUGCCUUGCCGCCCUGGGGAGCCAGGGCUUCUGGUGGGUCGUAUUAACCAGCAGGACCCAUUGCGGCGAUUUGACGGUUACGCCAAUCAGGAUGCUACAAGGAAGAAGAUAGCACACAAUGUCUUCAAGCAAAAUGACUCUGCAUAUUUAUCAGGUGACGUACUGGUGAUGGAUGAACUGGGCUACAUGUACUUCCGGGAUCGUAGCGGAGACACAUUCCGCUGGCGAGGAGAGAAUGUCUCCACCACGGAGGUGGAAGGCACGCUCAGCAGUCUCCUGGGUCAGACUGAUGUAGCAGUUUAUGGUGUGGCAGUGCCAGAUGUGGAAGGUAAGGCAGGCAUGGCUGCAAUCGCAGACGCCACAGGGAGUUUUGAUUGCAAUGGUUUCUUGCAGAAAGUCCAGCGAGCUCUCCCUCCGUAUGCUCGACCAGUGUUCCUGCGAAUCUCUCCAAAUGUAGACACCACAGGUACAUUUAAAAUUCAAAAAACCAGGCUGCAGAGGGAGGGAUACGACCCACGGCUCACAACAGACCAGAUCUACUUUUUGAACACUAGAUCUGCGCGUUAUGAGGCGAUAGAUGAGGAGCUGUACAAUGCUAUAGCGGAGGGAAGAAUGUCUCUAUGACAUGGAGGCCAAUGCAAGGCGGUCAAGGUGCCUCAGUGAGACAGAUCGGGUAGAGAGAGAGGAUAACAGGCAUAUGCUGAUGCUGGGAUCAGUCUUGGUUCACCACCUGUCUGGAUUUUAACUGUUCAAAGAACAGAGUUGAGAGAACUACUUAUAUAGAGAGUGCACUGUUACAGAUGAUAUUUUAACACUGUAUGAGUAACACACCAGGACACAAUGUGAGGGCAUUUAUUUUCUUUAAUAUCUCCUUUUUAUAUAUUAAAAGAACACCUCAAAAUGUCCCACAACCCACUUGACAUAGGAGCCUGUUACAAUAAUGUGGUAAGGACAGCACGGGUGGUAUCAAGUCAAACUUUGUUACAGGGUAUUUUACCCAUAAAUGAAAUAUGCUGCAAGAUUUAUUUUGUGUAGGUUUAGGCAAUUCUUGAGUGUGAAGGUAUGGAGUUGCUGCCAUGUGUUUGGAUGAAACUCCGGUUGAAGACCAGACGUCAACAUGCUGUACACUCGGAUACUACAUUAAACGCUAACCAUAGUGUUUUUACUGCAAAGGAAAACUAAUCUCACAUGUCAUACUUGAGCCUCUGAAAAACACUGGCACGGGUUUGCAAAAUACACAUGCUGUAUGUGCCUUAUAUGAAACAUGACAAAAGUUUCAUUUUUUUACUUUUAUCUUGGAAAAGAGUUCGAAGGAAAUUGGAAAUCACAGCAGUGAUUGUGUGCCAUGCAAACCUGAGUCACACAUAGUCACUGUUAUUUUAUGUAAUAAAUCUUAUCAGUGUAGUAAUAUAUGGGGUUUUAAAAGGUUGUGAAGUUGUUUGCAAUUUCGAAUCUUUCAGACUACAUUUGUUUUAACGCAAAUUAAAUAUUUAAAUACA